GGGGCCCACAGUAUUUACACGAUGUUCAGCAAUAACGGUGCGGUGGGUGCGUCGGCCAAAAAGAACCGACCCUCGACGGGGUACUUGGUUCGACCAAGGUUGGGCGCUUUGAGGUCGCUUUACUCAACCAGACCUCUAUCAGCCUAUGCCUCCGACAAGAGGAAGAAGCUCAAGAAAUCCACAAUACCGAAGAUGGAAUACAGAAGAAAACCGGAUUAUGCCGACAACGCGUACCGUGAAGCUGUGUCCCGUUUACGCAUAUUACUCGCCGAAAGCUACACACCAAUAAAGAGACCGCUAAGGGAGUUGGACAGUGCGGGUGAAGAAACUGAUAAUCAGUCGUUGGUAAGUGUUGGUAGCAGGACCUCGAGGAUGUUACGACCUUAUUAUCACUACACCCCAUUGACACCAAGGAGAUAUCAGUAUUAUCCACCCACAUUGAGGACCACAUUGAAUAUUCCCACCGAAGUUGAAAAACCCGUUAGUGACCCACCCAAACUGGAAAAUCCAACUGCACCACCAGAAUUGAUGUCAUUCAUUGAAAGACAGGAAGAUUAUAUUGAGCAACUGGAAAAAGAGUCCCAAUUUUGUCGCAGUGAACUAUCUUCACUAUUGAGCAAAGUGAAAGAAGUCAUAAGUGAGAAUGAAAAUUUACAUGAAAAACAAAAAUCAAAGUUAAUUAAAUCCGUAUUCGAUCACUUAGAAACGGAAACCGAGACAGAAACCGAAUCUGAAGUAAACAAAUCUACACUAAAAUCACCGAGAAAAUCAAAAAAGACGAGGAUAAUAGAAGGACCAUCAAUUGUGUUCGAGUCUAGAAUCUCUGAACUGGAGGCACAACUAACCCAAUCAAAGAUUGAUUUGAAGAAAGCUCAAGAAGAAAACGAAAAUUACAAAAAGAAAAUUGCAGAUGGAAGUAUUUUGGAUGGCGUUGGAUUUGAAACUUAUAAAAAACAAUUAGAUAAUUUACAAAGGGAAAAAGAAGUUUUGCAAGACACUGUACAUAAACUGCAAAAUGCGAUUGGCAAAUUACGAGAAAAAGAAAACGACACGUGCGACCAAGUGAAAAGAAGUCUCGACGUGGCCGAACAAGCCCAGUACGAAAAGAAUUCUGCCGAACUGGAAAUUCGACGACUUAAAGAUGAACUUGACCGACAACAUAGCAAAUUAAGGGAUGCCAUAGCAGAUCAGGGACGUCGUAUCGCGGACGAACGGACUGCCGUCGAACGAAGGUACACCCAGCAAAUUGAGCAACUCACAGCCGAACUGGGUGUUCAGUGGGAGCAAACCAACAAACUUCAGCUAGAACUCGAUAAACAACGUCGCGAAAACGGGGAUCUUAGACGAGAGGUGGCACAGAAACAGGCACUCAUUGACGACAUGAAGAAAGACAUGCAAAAUAAAAUAUUAAACCUUCAGUCAGAUAUUGGAGUGAGUGGAGCGGAGAAAAGUGCACUAGAACAACAAAUCGCUACGUUGAAUUUAGCCAACGAAAGGAACGAAAGACAAGCGAAGCAGGAGGCCGUUCGACUUCAAGCCGAAAUCCAAUCGCUUAGGCAGCGACUUGAUAGAGCGGAUGCCGAUUUAAUACAUAGCAGGCGGGAGAACAUUCGUUUGUCGGAGCAAGUUGCUUCAUUGGAAAAAGAGAUAAAUAUGAAUGCUGCUCUGACAGAAGAACGUAAUAAGACUCCAAGAGGUGGCGGAAGUGAAAUAAUUGCCUUGCCACCCCCAAAAGAAGAUAGGGAAAAAGAGCUUAGCUCAUUAAUUCAAGACAUGGAAAAUAAACAUGCGAUCACAGUAUCUGAAUUAGAAGGCAUGAUCCACUCCCAAAAUCAACUCAUGGACAAACUUUCAACCGAGUGUCACGCUCUAACUAAGAAACUAGAAGACGCCAACGCCAGACAUAAGGAGGAAAUACGGGAACUACAAACUAACCUAGAUCAUUUAAACAAUAGGUUUACUCAGUCACAGUUUCCAACGUCAAUUAAUCAAGAUGAUGGAAACUCAAAAUAUGCACCCCCAUCUCCACAACUCCAGUCCAACGGUCCAAGUAAACAGAAAAUAAAACCGUUAAGUCGCACAAAUAGUAACGCUUCAGUCAAACAGCCAAGUACCGAACAUACCAAUGGUAAAAAUUUCACUCCCCCAUCUGAAAUAGCAAAGAAAUCAAAUAUAGAAGAAAAUAACUCCAAUUUUACACCACAAUACGAUCCAAAUACAAACCUCACAGAAGAUCCUGACCAACAGUACGGUACAAACCAACAAUAUUCCAUGGACCCAAAUCAAGACUAUGAUCCUAAUGUACAGUACUCCGCCGAUCCGAAUCAACAGUAUGAUCCAAAUCAAGAAUAUCAGCAAUAUGCUGAGGGUGAACAACCUUAUAUGACUCAAGAGCAAUAUGAACAACAAUACGGAUUGAAUCCGAAUCAAACGUAUGAUCCCAAUCAGCAAUAUGAUCCAAAUCAAUCAUACGACAAUCAAUAUACUGGCGACCCGAACCAAGAUUACGAUGUGAAUGCUUCAUAUCAACCGGAUUCCGAUGGCAAAUUUGAACGUGAUCAAACGGAGACUGAAAAGUAAUCUAAAGGUUUAGGGAAUAUUGUUGAUUUUUAAAUUAAUUCUAAUUAGUGCUUGUUCAAGUUUUAAAGGACCUAAUAGUGCAAUAUUAGUAUUAAUUGUUACUAUAACGCUUGUAAGAUUAUAUAAUUAGAACAGAAUGGAUUCAAUUAAUGUUUAAAUGUAAAAUUUAAUAUUUACUGUCCUUUCUUAAUAAAGAAAUAUACAAUAACCGUUUAAUAAAAAAUAA